CACCAGAUGCUAUGUAUGCCUAGUGGUUUCCAUUCAGUGAGUUUUGUUGCCCACAAACAAAGAGCAACAAAGUGUAGUUUCGUUUUGUUUCUUGUCGUUUGUAUAUAUCUCUUCUGGUUGGCGGCUUAAUUAGAUAUAGCUCUCAAUACAGCUUGGUUUGUGACCUCUCAAAUCAUCAUCAACAAAACACCAUCAUGGCUUCAUCAAACAGACACUGGCCUAGUAUGUUCAAGUCCAAGCCCUGCAACACCCACCACCACCUCCACCAAUGGCACCACCAUGAUCUCAACAACCCUGCUCUCAUCUCAACUGGUUUCCACACAGCCCUUCACACAUCUCCUUCAGUGGCUGGAAGUGAAGAAAGAAGUCCUGAUCCAAAGCCAAGGUGGAACCCAAAACCAGAACAAAUUCGUAUACUUGAAUCUAUCUUCAACUCAGGGAUGGUAAAUCCACCGAGGGAGGAGAUAAGGAAGAUCAGAACUCAACUACAAGAGUACGGCCAAGUCGGCGACGCCAACGUCUUCUACUGGUUCCAAAAUCGAAAAUCAAGAAGCAAACACAAGCAACAACGCCACCUCCAAAACACCAAACCAAACACCGCCACCGCUCCGUCCUCAUCCUCGUCCUCCUCGGAGAAAUCUUCUCCCCAGUCUUCUGCUGAUAAUAUUGCCUUCUCGGUGGGUACGAAUUCUCCGACGGCAUCGGUAAACAAGACUUAUUUUCAGAAUCCGGCUGAGUUCUUGCCGGAACCCUACUUUCUUCCGGUGCAACAGGGUUCCGGAGGAGAAGCCUCAAACUAUGUUUUGAGUCAAGGGUUUUGCUUCCCUGAGCUAUCAAAUAAUAUGGUUCAUGUCCCUAAUAAUACAGAUCAGUCUGUUGGAAAUUGCUGUGGUUUUUUGCUCAGUGAGUUGAUGAUGAAUCAUGGGUCUCCAAAGAGAGUUGAAGAUGAGAAGUUGAAGCCUCAAGAACAGCUGAAUUACACUGCUACUCACCCUAUUGUUCCAUCUACCAUCAAUCACAUUCUAGGUAAAUAAAUUUUUUAAAUUUCU